CUCUCAUGAUCAUGCUCACUGCCACUUUUGUCUGGCACCCUGUGCGUUCAGAUACCAACUCUCUUACACUUCUCUCUCUCUCCUUUCUUUCUCUCUCUAGAACUCAUUAUUAUGGGUUUCCGUAUAAAUUUUGUCAGAAAAACAAUAGCUGCCAUAAAGGCAGCAUAGUUGCAGCAGCAGAUGCAACAGUCUUUGCAGUCAUAAUAUAGUGCACAACACACACACACAAACACAUCCCAUCUCCUAUAUUUUUCCAUCUCUUUUUGAAGUUUUUAGAGCAAGAAAUCCCAAGGGUUUUCAUCUUUCAUUUUAUGUUUGUUAUCCAAAGAACAGAUUCAAGAUGAUGAGUACAGAAGGUGGUGGUGGUGGUGGAAGUCUACGGAAUAACAAUGGCGGCAGGUUUCCAUUCACAGCAAGUCAAUGGCAAGAACUCGAACACCAAGCACUCGUUUACAAAUACAUGAUUUCCGGUAUGCCAAUUCCUCCCGAUCUUCUUUACACCAUUAAGAAAAGUCUCGAAUCUUCUACGAAGCUCCUCCUUCACCACCACCAGCCACCGCAUCCUUCAAUUGGAUGGAACUGUUUUCAAAUGGGUUUUGGAAGAAAGAUAGAUCCAGAGCCAGGAAGAUGUAGAAGAACAGAUGGUAAAAAAUGGCGAUGUUCUAAAGAAGCUUACCCUGAUUCCAAAUACUGUGAAAGGCACAUGCAUAGAGGCAGAAACCGUUCAAGAAAGCCUGUGGAAGUCAACUUGUCAACUCAUCCCAAUUCCAAAACACCACCAACACCAACACCUAUUCCAAUGAUCUCUUCCAAAUCCCCAAACUACCCUUCUCCCAAUUCACAUCCAAUUUCUUCGUAUUCUAGAUCUAUGGGGAGUAAUGUUUUGUCGUCUCAAGAUCACUUCCUGUUGGAAUCUAACCCAUACAGAAAAAGUUAUGUGGGGAUGAAAGAGGAGAUAGAUGAGCAUUCAUUUUUCUCGGAAUCUUCAGGAACAAUCAAGAGUAGUGAUUCGUGGCAAUUGGAACCACUUGCUAUGAACAAUCCCAACUCAUCAUUGGCUCACUUAAAGCAGCAAACGAGUUUUUCUGAUUAUCAUCAAAAUGGAUACUUGCAAUAUCCACACGAACAACAUCAAGAUCAGGGUAGUUAUUAUAAUCAUCAAAUCGGGUUGAAAAUUGCGAGAAAAGAUGAACCACAGAAAGUCAUGCAUCAUUUUUUUGAUGAAUGGCCACCAAAUGACGAAAAUAACCAAGAUUCUUCCACGACUCAACUCUCAAUUUCGAUUCCAAGUUCUGCCCAUGACUUUUUCCUGACCCAUAAUGGUAAUUUCACCGCUUUUAAUUUGAUUGUAAGAUAUAGCUAGUGAUGUAUUUAUUUUUUGUUAUUUUGCAGAUAAAUAAGUGACGGAUUGUUGAAUAGAGGCUAAAGAAGUGUUAACAAUAGUAGUUGGUUAGCUUUUCGAUGUGUGUGUUGUUGUUACCUUGAAACAGUGUCAAGUAAUGAGAACUUUUGCUGUGUUUUUAUUUAAUUAGUUUUUUAGUUGGUUUUGUCUUGUUUUGAUAAUGUGGGGUCAAUCAAUACUCUGAAAUUUUUGCAGCAUAUUUUGUAUGUUUGCAGAAGUAGAUUGACAUCUUCUUCACCAUCUUUUUGGUUUUUUA